GCCCCUGCGGAGCGCCGCGCGGAGCAGCCGCUGAGACCCCCGCUCGCUUGCUGGGCGGCAGCACGGACACUGGGCCGACCAUGGCGGGCAUCGCGGUCAAGCUGGCGAAGGACCGGGAGGCGGCCGAGGGGCUGGGCUCGCACGAGAGGGCCGUCAAGUACCUCAACCAGGACUACGCGGCGCUGCGGGACGAGUGCCUGGAGGCCGGGGCGCUCUUCCAGGACCCGUCCUUCCCGGCCCUCCCGUCUUCCCUGGGCUUCAAGGAGUUGGGACCCUACUCCAGCAAGACCCGGGGCAUAGAGUGGAAGCGGCCCACGGAGAUCUGCGAUGAUCCCCAAUUUAUUACUGGAGGAGCCACUCGCACAGACAUCUGCCAAGGAGCCCUGGGUGACUGCUGGCUGCUGGCAGCCAUUGCCUCCCUCACCUUGAAUGAAGAAAUCCUGGCUCGAGUCGUCCCCUUGGACCAGAGCUUCCAGGAGAACUACGCGGGGAUCUUCCACUUCCAGUUCUGGCAGUACGGCGAAUGGGUGGAGGUGGUGGUGGACGACAGGCUGCCCACCAAGGACGGGGAGCUGCUCUUCGUGCACUCGGCAGAGGGCAGCGAGUUCUGGAGCGCGCUGCUGGAGAAGGCCUACGCCAAGAUCAAUGGGUGUUACGAAGCACUCUCUGGGGGUGCCACCACUGAGGGCUUCGAGGACUUCACUGGAGGCAUCGCCGAGUGGUAUGAGUUAAGGAAGGCCCCUCCCAACCUGUUCAAGAUCAUCCAGAAAGCUCUGCAGAAAGGCUCUCUCCUUGGCUGCUCUAUCGAUAUCACCAGUGCUGCAGACUCGGAGGCCAUCACCUUCCAGAAGCUGGUGAAGGGGCACGCGUACUCAGUCACUGGCGCCGAGGAGGUGGAAAGCAGAGGAAGCCUGCAGAAGCUGAUCCGCAUCCGGAAUCCCUGGGGAGAGGUGGAGUGGACCGGGCAAUGGAACGACAACUGCCCAAACUGGACCACUAUUGACCCAGAGGAGAGGGAAAGGCUGACCAGACGGCAUGAAGAUGGGGAAUUCUGGAUGCCUCCCAAGCCCGGCCAGCCUGAGGAUACCUUCUGGAUGAACCCUCAGUACCUGAUCAAGUUGGAGGAGGAGGACGAAGACCAGGAGGACGGGGAGAACGGCUGCACCUUCCUAGUGGGUCUCAUCCAGAAGCACCGGCGGCGGCAGAGGAAGAUGGGCGAGGACAUGCACACCAUUGGCUUCGGCAUCUAUGAGAUUCCAGAGGAGUUCGCAGGACAGACCAACAUCCACCUCAGCAAGACAUUCUUCCUGACGCACCGUGCGAGGGAGCGGUCGGACACCUUCAUCAACCUGCGGGAGGUGCUCAACCGCUUUAAGCUGCCCCCGGGGGAGUACAUCCUGGUGCCGUCCACCUUCGAGCCCAACAAGGAUGGGGACUUCUGCAUCCGGGUCUUUUCCGAAAAGAAAGCUGACUACCAAGUUGUCGACGAUGAAAUCGAGGCCAACCUUGAAGAGAUUGAUGUCAGCGAGGAUGACAUCGAUGAUGGAUUCAGGAGGCUGUUUGCCCAGUUGGCAGGGGAGGAUGCAGAGAUCUCUGCCUUUGAGUUGCAGACAAUCCUGAGAAGAGUUCUGGCAAAGCGCCAAGAUAUCAAGUCAGACGGCUUCAGCAUAGAGACCUGCAAAAUCAUGGUUGACAUGCUCGACUCGGAUGGAAGUGGCAAGCUGGGUCUGAAGGAGUUCUACGUUCUGUGGACCAAGAUUCAGAAAUACCAAAAAAUUUACCGGGAAAUCGACGUGGACAGGUCCGGAACCAUGAACUCCUAUGAGAUGCGGAAAGCAUUAGAAGAAGCAGGUUUCAAGAUGCCCUGUCAGCUCCACCAAGUCAUCGUUGCUCGGUUCGCAGAUGAGCAGCUCAUCAUCGAUUUUGACAAUUUUGUUAGGUGUUUGGUUCGACUGGAAACACUAUUCAGGAUAUUUAAGCAGCUGGACCCCGAGGAUACUGGUAUGAUCCAGCUUGACCUUAUCUCUUGGCUGUGUUUUUCAGUACUUUGA